AUGCCUUCUUGCUUCCUUGGAGAUGACAAUCGCGCACGCUACAAAAAGUCCUAUUUCGAAAGAUUUGAUGGUGUAUGGGCACAUGGUGACUUCUGUCAAAUCAGUAGUAAGACUGGUGGAGUGAUAAUGUUAGGAAGGAGUGAUGCAACCCUCAACCGCGGUGGCGUGCGAAUAGGUACUGCCGAGAUUUAUUCUGUCGUUGAAAGUUUUACUGAAGUUGACGACUGCAUUGUUGCUGGACAAACAGUUCCUGAUUUCAACGACGAACGUAUCCUUCUGUUCGUUAAAAUGGCUGAGCAUUUCGCUUUGACCGAGGACUUGAAACGGCGCAUCUGUAUUCAGAUACGGACGAUGAUGUCCCCACGACAUGUUCCUGAUGCUAUCAUGCAGUGCAGGAUAUUCCAGUAA